AAAAUGAGGUCUGUUAAUCUUUUAUCAGGACCUUUGGAAUUAAAUUUGUCUAUCAGAACUGAAAUGCAUGGAGAUGUUGCUUUUGAAAUAUGGACAUCACCUUUUGCUUGCAUUUUGUGCAGUACAAGUUAUCAGUGCCGUCGAAAAGCCGACACGUAUGCUAUUUCACUCUGAAGGCGACAUGGCUGCGGAACUCAUUCGGCUACGUGCCGAGUUAGCCAACACAACACAACAGCUUGGCGCAGUUCUAUCAGAGGUGACAGUUCUAAAGAAGGAAAUAAACUCUAUCGGAUCAACACAACAAAGUUUUUCCAAUAAGCUAUCAGGGUCCGUUUACGUACGUUGGGGAAAGAAGACAUGUCCAAAUGGUGCUGAAAUGGUAUAUCAUGUGUUAGGUUAUAGUGGAGGCAAACUGUACACUGACCAAGGCAGUGGAUCUGACAGUCUGUGCCUACCUUCCGAUCCAACAUGGGGGCAUUAUGUUGAUGGAUAUCAGGACUAUAGGGCAGCAAUUUAUGGCACAGAAACAGAUAUGCCUACCCACCCUUUCUUCAAGUAUGAAGUAAAUCAGCAGGAUAUGCCAUGUGCUGUCUGCAAGUCAAAUAGAUCGACAACUCUAAUGAUUCCAGCGCGGAAAGACUGUUACCCUGUAUGGACACUAGAAUACUCAGGCUACUUAGUUAGUGCUUCAUCAAAUCAUCAUGUCUCAUAUAACCACGCCUGCUUAGACGCCCAACCGGACUUCCUGGAUCACGGCUCUGCAAACGAUAAUGAACAUAUUUUUCAUUUAGUUGAAGGCCACUGUGGAUCGCUCCCUUGUCCUCCAUAUGUCGCCGGCCGUGAACUCACGUGUGUUGUGUGUUCGAAGUGAAUUGAGUUACCAAUAAAUUGAGCUACGUCC